AUAUUUGCUAAGAUUCUCUAAAUCUACCCGAUUGAACCGAGUAAAUCUAAAUUAGAAAGAUGGAGAUGAUGAAGAUAAAAGUUCCUGGAUAAUCCUUGGGAAAAUACGGUUAUUUUUGGGAAGGGAGAGAGAGAAAGUUCCUCAAUCUGUAGCCGAAAAUAGUUGCACCCUUGCAAACGUUUCCUAGUCGAAUGUAAAUCUAACCAGAAAAAGAAGAAACCCCUCAAUUUAGCUCCAGCACCAAUUCUAGGAAAUCUCAGGAGAGUGAGAACUGAGAACAAACAAAAACCUUCGCAUCCUCUUUUUUCUUCUUCUCUUGUCUCUCUCGUUCAAAACCCUAACCCUAAUUCUCAAUCUCGAUGUCAGGACAAACUCAGUUUAGGUAUACGCAAACACCAUCAAAAGUACUUCACCUUCGUAAUUUACCAUGGGAAUGUAUAGAUGAAGAAUUGGUCGAACUAUGCAAACCUUUUGGCAAGAUCGUCAAUACUAAAUGCAACGUUGGUGCUAAUCGUAAUCAAGCCUUUGUUGAAUUUGUGGACUUAAAUCAAGCAAUCUCAAUGGUAUCAUAUUAUGCGUCAUCGUCAGACCCGGCACAAGUUCGUGGUAAAACUGUUUAUAUUCAGUAUUCAAAUAGGCAGGAAAUUGUGAACAAUAAGAGUUCUGGAGAUAUUGCUGGAAAUGUGUUGCUUGUGACAAUUGAAGGUGUCGAAGCUGGUGAUGUCAGCAUAGAUGUUAUUCACUUGCAGGUCCAUGUUAGCUUGGAGAAUUCUUCGUUGUCAGCGUACUACCUCAUGGGAGAAAUAUCAUGUUUGUUUUGUCCAUCUCCUCUGAAUGUCUUUUCUGCUUUUGGGUAUGUGCAAAAAAUUGCCACAUUCGAGAAGGCUGCAGGUUUUCAGGCGUUAAUUCAAUUCACUGAUGCUGUCACUGCAUCUUCAGCCAGAGAUGCACUUGAUGGAAGAAGUAUACCCAAGUACUUGCUUCCGGAACAUGUUGAUUCAUGCAACUUGCGCAUCUCGUAUUCUGCACAUACUGAUUUAAAUAUUAAGUUCCAAUCUCAUCGGAGCAGGGACUACACAAAUCCCUACCUUCCUGUGAAUCCUUCUGCAAUUGAGGGCACCAUGCAGCCCGUGGUAGGUCCUGAUGGAAAGAGAAAAGAACCUGAAAGUAACGUACUUCUCGCUUCAAUUGAGAAUCUGCAAUAUGCUGUCACUGUUGAUGUUCUUCACACGGUAUUCUCAGCGUUCGGAACGGUUCAAAAAAUUGCUAUAUUUGAUAAAAAUGGUGGAAUGCAAGCACUAGUCCAGUACCCAGAUGUCACAACUGCUGCUGCUGCUAAAGAAGCUUUGGAAGGGCAUUGCAUCUAUGAUGGUGGCUACUGUAAGCUUCAUCUGUCAUACUCUCGUCAUACUGAUCUCAAUGUAAAGGCGCAUAAUGACCGAAGUCGAGACUUCACACUUCCGGAGUCAGCUUUUCUCCCGAUGCAGCAAGUGUCUGCGGCUCCGACUUCCUCGACCAGUUGGCAAAAUCCUCAGUCUGCUUACCCCGGCACACAACACCAUGAUGGACACACUUACAGCUCACCUCCAACGACAUUUCCUGGUCAUCCGGCCUACUCCACUGCGGGAUCUUCAUCAUAUUUGCCUCCAGGUCAUCAAGGCUCUUCUGGUAUGGCUUCACAGGGAAUGCCUUCAUACAGUCACCAGCCAAAUGUCAGACCUCCUGGUAGUGCUUCAUACGCUGGUCAACCACCUUAUUAUGGUCGGUAAGCUACACAGUGUGGCUGAGCCAGCAUGUGCCAAGCUGUCCCAUGGGGAAAACCUUAACUCUGUAUGCAUCUGUGCAUGGAAUUUUUUGUAGCUAAGCUUGUUCUCUUAUAAACUUCUGCAACCCUUUCAAGGAUUUAUGCACAAAAAUCGCAACCCUGUAGGCUACGUGUGUGUGUGUUGGCUCUAAUAGUUGCUUAUUUGUUGCCCUUCAACUCUAUUUCUUACUAUGUAAUUCCGUUUUGAAUCAUUUGAUGUUCAAUAGUAUUAAGUUCAUGAAAAUAUCUAAUGUCAUGUUACAGAAACUCUGUUAAUCAAUAUUUUCUUUCCC